CAUUACUUAUCCCAUUUCACGAAGUAUCGUGGCCGGCACAGUACGAUCCUGCUGGCGGCGUUAAUAUUUCACAUUCACACGCAAAAGUAAUCCAGAAACAUCGACGAUUGUUUCUGCCCUGCCUUCGUCCAUGAGCGGCAUCAGAGACGCCAUGCCAGUCUAGUGCACCCCAGCACGGGUGUGCGUGGCACUUGAAUAAUUUAAUGAACUGAAGACGUGACAAUAAUCGUACCUCAGCAUGUAUCUGUACAAUCUGACCCUUCAGCGUGCCACAGGCAUCACUCAUGCAGUCCACGGUAACUUCUCCGGCAGUAAAAUGCAGGAGAUUCUGGUCUCCAGGGGCAAAUCCCUGGAGCUCCUGAGACCUGACCCUACGACUGGAAAAGUUCACACAGUCCUCACAGUCGAGGUCUUUGGAAUAAUCAGAUCGUUAAUGGCGUUCAGGUUGACUGGAGGCACCAAAGAUUAUAUUGUUGUUGGCUCUGACUCCGGGAGGAUCGUUAUCCUGGAGUAUAUUCCUGCUAAAAAUAUCUUUGAGAAAGUGCACCAGGAGACAUUCGGAAAGAGUGGAUGCAGGAGGAUUGUACCUGGACAGUAUCUUGCCAUUGAUCCGAAGGGACGAGCUGUUAUGAUAGGUGCCAUCGAGAAGCAGAAACUCGUGUACAUCCUCAACAGAGACCCAGAGGCCCGCCUGACCAUCUCCUCACCCCUAGAAGCCCACAAAAGCAACACCCUAGUCUACCACACAGUUGGUGUGGACGUUGGAUUCGAGAAUCCCAUGUUUGCCUGUCUGGAAAUUGAUUAUGAAGAGGCAGACAGUGAUCCCACUGGUGAUGCAGCAGUCAAAACACAACAGACAUUGACUCUUUACGAGCUCGACCUUGGGCUGAACCACGUAGUGAGGAAGUACAGUGAACCCCUGGAGGAGCACGCAAACUUCUUGGUUUCAGUGCCUGGUGGUAAUGAUGGUCCCAGUGGAGUUCUCAUCUGCUCCGAGAACUAUCUCACCUACAAGAACCUGGGUGACCAGCACGACAUUCGUUGCCCCAUUCCAAGGAGGAGGAACGACCUCGACGAUCCAGAGAGGGGCAUGAUCUUCGUGUGCUCAGCCACCCACAAGACCAAGAGCAUGUUCUUCUUCCUGGCCCAGACUGAACAGGGAGACAUCUUCAAGAUCACUCUAGAGACUGACGAGGACAUGGUCACUGAGAUCAAACUCAAGUACUUUGACACUGUUCCUGUCGCCACCAGCAUGUGCGUUCUGAAGACUGGAUUCUUAUUCGUGGCAUCAGAAUUUGGGAAUCAUUAUUUGUACCAGAUAGCACAUCUUGGGGACGACGAUGACGAGCCUGAGUUCAGCUCUGCCAUGCCUCUGGAGGAGGGUGACACGUUCUUCUUUGCUCCCAGACCACUGAGGAAUUUAGUUCUUGUGGACGAGAUGGAUAGUUUGUCUCCUAUUCUGGCGUGUCAGGUUGCAGAUUUGGCAAACGAGGACACUCCACAGCUAUAUAUCGCCUGUGGCAGAGGACCAAGAUCAACGCUACGAGUGUUGAGACACGGAUUGGAAGUAUCUGAAAUGGCUGUGAGCGAACUUCCUGGUAAUCCCAAUGCUGUAUGGACGGUGAAGCGGAGAGUUGAUGAGGAGUAUGAUGCAUACAUCAUAGUGUCCUUCGUCAAUGCAACACUAGUGCUUAGCAUUGGUGAGACUGUUGAGGAAGUGACGGACUCGGGAUUUCUCGGCACAACGCCAACCCUCAGUUGUUCAGCACUCGGUGAAGAUGCACUUGUACAGGUUUACCCCGACGGUAUCCGUCACAUUCGUGCCGACAAGCGUGUCAACGAGUGGAAAGCACCUGGUAAAAAGACAAUUGUUAAAUGCGCCGUGAAUCAGCGACAAGUUGUAAUCGCUCUGACAGGAGGAGAAUUGGUCUACUUUGAGAUGGAUCCGACGGGACAAUUGAACGAGUAUACAGAGCGCAAGAAGAUGCCAUCUGAGGUGAUGUGCAUGGCCCUGGGGACUGUAGCAAGUGGUGAGCAACGCUCCUGGUUUCUGGCUGUCGGUCUACAGGACAACACAGUGAGAAUAAUCUCCCUGGAUCCCUCGGACUGUCUAGCCCCGAGGAGUAUGCAGGCCCUUCCAGCAGCUGCCGAGAGCCUCUGCAUCGUCGAAAUGGGAGCAUCCAAGGACAUGGGCAGCUCCGACGAGGAAUCAGCCCAACAGCAAACCAGCCUCUACCUAAAUAUCGGUCUUCAGAAUGGCGUACUGCUGAGAACCAUGCUCGAUCCAAUAUCCGGUGACUUGGCUGACACGAGAACUAGAUAUCUCGGCUCAAGACCCGUUAAGCUCUUUCGCAUCCGUAUGCAGGGUAAUCAAGCGGUGUUAGCUAUGAGCAGCAGGUCAUGGCUGAGUUAUUAUUAUCAAAAUCGUUUUCACUUGACUCCAUUAUCGUAUGAGAGUCUUGAGUUUGCAUCUGGUUUUAGUUCAGAGCAGUGUCCCGAGGGCAUAGUUGCUAUAUCAACGAAUACACUGAGAAUUUUAGCUCUUGAAAAGUUGGGCGCUGUGUUCAAUCAAGUGAGCUUUCCACUUGAGUAUACACCAAGAAAAUUUGCCAUUCACAAUGACUCGGCGCAUCUUAUUGUCCUUGAGACUGAGCACAAUGCUUAUACUGAGGAGACCAAGCAGCAGAGACGUUUACAAAUGGCUGAGGAGAUGCAGGAAGCUGCUGGUGCUGAGGAGGCAGCUGUUGCCAGAGAAUUGGCUGAGGCAUUUCUGUCUGAAGAGCCCAAUGAGGCAAUUUUCGGUGCACCGAGGGCUGGCCCAGGACUCUGGGCUUCACUCAUUAAAAUUAUGGCACCAACCACCGGGGACACAUUCGAGGUGCAUCGAUUGGAGCAGAAUUAUGCAGCGCUGUGCUUAGCUAUGGUUAAAUUUGCCAAUCAGGGGGAUCAAUUGUUCUUGAUUGUUGGAGUUGCCAAGGAGUACCAGCUUAAUCCGAGAAUUAGUAAUGGAGGAUUUCUGUACACAUACAAAGUCAAUCCUGAGGGCACAAGCAUUGAACUGCUUCACAAAACCCCAGUGGACGAAGUUCCACUUGCAAUAUGCUCGUAUCAGGGACGUGUGCUGGUGGGAGUUGGUAGAAUGCUGCGAUUGUACGAUAUGGGAAAGAAGAAACUUCUACGUAAAUGUGAGAAUAAACACAUACCAAAUGCCGUUGUAUCGAUAAAUGCCGUUGGACAGAGGAUUUACGUGAGCGAUGUGCAGGAGUCUGUGUAUGCAGUCAGAUACAAACGACAGGAGAAUCAAUUAAUUGUAUUUGCGGAUGACACACAUCCAAGAUGGAUAACUACCACUUGUGUAUUGGAUUACGAUACAGUUGCAACAGCUGAUAAAUUCGGUAAUAUUGCUGUGGUGAGGCUGGCCAGUGGUAUAAAUGAUGAUGUUGAUGAGGAUCCAACUGGUAACAAAGCACUGUGGGAUCGUGGUUUGCUCAAUGGAGCUAGUCAAAAAGCCGAUACUAUUGCUUGUUUUCACAUUGGUGAGACUGUUAUGUCACUGCAAAAAGCUACACUGAUACCUGGAGGCUCUGAGAGUCUCGUCUACACGACUCUCAGUGGCACUGUCGGUGUACUUGUGCCAUUCACUAGCCACGAGGAUCACGAUUUCUUUCAACAUCUCGAGAUGCACAUGAGAUCUGAACAUCCACCACUCUGUGGAAGGGAUCAUCUCUCCUUUCGAUCGUACUACUAUCCAGUGAAGAAUGUCAUCGAUGGGGAUCUCUGCGAGCAAUUCAAUUCCAUUGAACCAUCCAAGCAAAAGAGUAUCGCUGGAGAUCUUGAGAGAACAUCAUCUGAAGUGUCCAAGAAACUCGAAGAUGUCAGGACACGAUACGCAUUCUGAGGGACUAAUGCUACUCCCUUUUGUUAUCAUAAAUUCACUUUUGGUCUCACUCAUUCCCUUUGUUCAUACGUACAUCGUUUGACAGACAAGACUGAAGUUUUUAUUUGGUAUUUUAUGGUUUGAGCUGACGAAAAUUCAGUUGACGAUGAUCCAUUCUCUGUUCCUCACGUUUUUUUUUUCAUCCCAUUCAUUUUUUGCUACCCUCGUUGCAUUGUAAAUAUUUGAACGAAUGUGUUAUCAUCGGUGUUUGUAUUCCCCUCGGAUUUCGAACAAUUGCAGCAUGCACCAACAGUAUGCAGAUGAAAAAUUUGUAUAAAAUUAAAAUCCUCAGCGUGUGCUGGAUGAAAAAUAUUUAUUAUGAAUAGUAUUGUAAUGAUUUAAGAAUAAAGAUGCAGUAACUGCAGAUAAAAUACUCA